AGUCCUGCUGUGGCUGCCGUGGCGUGAAGACUUCUUUUGCUGGGUGGAUGUGUUUUUGUCAGUUCAUGUGAGUGUGGCUCAUACCUGGAAGAGAAGUUCCAAUAGAGAUCCCACCAUCAGCAAUACCUCCCUACUGUGGUUGGUACAACAAGCAAGAUUUUCCUUUUUGACGUCUUUCAAUCGACGGGCUUCGUGGAUCAACGUGGCCCGCCGCUACCCAUGGAGUCCUCCACGUGCCCCAAAAGACGGAAGUGCGAUAUGGAUCGCGGAAGUGACCGCGAACGCGAUAUAAAACCCCUGGAGCCGCGAGAUUUGUCAGCAACAGCAGGGAGAUUAUUCCCUGCUGCUCAAAUAAAGAUCAGUACAUCACCCACAACAUCACCCACCAUGUCAAAUUCCUCGUCACCAACACCACCGUCCGGUCAGGGUCCCAUUAGCCCAGCUGUGAGUUCCGGCGGAAGUAGCUACAUGCACGCCAAUCAUAAACCUAUUACCGGGAUUCCCUGCGUUGCAGCAGCUUCCAGAUAUACAGCCCCUGUUCACAUUGACGUCGGCGGAACUAUUUAUACGAGUUCCCUGGAGACACUCACAAAAUAUCCAGAUUCGAGGCUAGCUAAGCUAUUCAAUGGUAGCAUUCCGAUCGUUCUAGACUCUUUGAAGCAACACUACUUUAUCGAUCGUGAUGGCAUGAUGUUUCGACAUAUCCUCAACUUUAUGAGGAACUCCAAGCUUCUUAUAGCUGAGGACUUUAGUGAUCUCGACCUACUCCUAGAAGAAGCCAGAUUCUUCGAUAUCGCACCAAUGGUUCGACAAUUGGAACAAAUGAAGAAAGAACGUCUUCGCAAUGGAACAGCCAGUACUUCAUCUCCACCUCCACCUGGUGGUGUCCGUAUAAAGAAUCCCUCACGCUCCGGCUUAACAGACGUCUUCGAAAUUGUAGCCCUGCACAUUUCCCCUGAUCUCGGUGAGAGGAUUAUGUUGUCCGCAGAACGAGCACUUCUGGAUGAGGUUUUCCCAGAGGCCCAGCAAGCAGUCCUCGAUGCCAGGAGUAGUGUAUCGUGGAAUCAACUAGAUGGGCGUCAAGUGAUCCGAUUCCCCCUCAAUGGGUACUGCAAACUCAACUCUGUGCAGGUCCUAACCCGACUGCUUAACGCCGGCUUCACAGUGGAGGCCAGCACUGGAGGUGGUGUUGAAGGGCAGCAGUUCUCUGAGUAUCUCCUCGUCCGUAAGACGACUAUGUGAUAGUGGCGCCCCCAUGAGCCUCAGCGCACUAAUCCUCAGUGAGAACCCAGCCCUAGAACCCCAUUCGUCCAGCGCUAAUAUCCAUACGAGAAAAUCUUCUCAAAAAUGUCUUAAAAAACGAAUAUAAAUGUUUCCUACUUAGCAUAAAAAAUGAAUUGAAUGGAAAAGUGCGGGAUGGGGUAUACCCUUUACAGCAAAAAGAAAUCGUAAUGGUUUUUAGCAACUUAACGAGUUUAGUCAACAACACUGGAGGCACUUAACCAGUGAAUAGAGUAAUCCAUGCACUACACGUAGAUUUAUUUAAAAUAAUUAAAACAAAAAAAAUCCACGAAAACCAAGAUCUUUGCUAAAAAAAUCUAGAACUUUCAAAUCAAGGCGUUUUUUUCAUAAAUUUUAAUUUUGGAAAAAAUAGAUUUGGUUUCAUUCCCUUCAUACAGUGCAUAAUUUAGCUUAUUUUCCUUAUAAAUGUUGACGAUCUUCAAAAAAAAUUAAGUACCUAUUCCAACAUUUAACGAUUUAGUUGUAAGAAAUUAAUUUGUUUAAUUGAAAUUCCUUUUGUAAAUACCCAAAGAAAUUCUUUAUUAAAUAAAGACGAUACUCCUCCUAAAAAAA